UUCCGGCCUGUUAGGCUCGGCCAGUAAGGAGGCGGAACUCUUGCGAUCCGGCGGCCGGUUUCCCGCCGGAACCGAAAAGAGGAGCGUACCGAGCGUCGCGGAGCCGCGCCUCGGUCCCCUGCUCUCACAACAUGGCCUUCAAUUUUGGGGCUCCCUCGGGCACCUCGGGCACCGCUGCAGCCACCGCGGCCCCCGCGGGUGGGUUUGGAGGAUUUGGAACAACAUCUACAACUGCAGGUUCUGCAUUCAGUUUUUCUGCCCCAGCUAACACAGGCACUACUGGACUCUUUGGUGGUACUCAGAACAAAGGUUUUGGAUUUGGCACUGGCUUUGGCACAACAACAGGAACUAGUACUGGUUUAGGUACUGGUUUGGGAACUGGACUGGGAUUUGGAGGAUUUAACACACAGCAGCAGCAGCAAACUACAUUAGGUGGUCUCUUCAGUCAGCCUACACAAGCUCCUACCCAGUCCAACCAACUGAUAAAUACUGCAAGUGCUCUUUCUGCUCCAACAUUAUUGGGAGAUGAGAGAGAUGCUAUAUUGGCAAAGUGGAAUCAACUUCAGGCCUUUUGGGGAACAGGAAAAGGAUAUUUCAACAAUAACAUUCCACCAGUGGAAUUCACACAAGAAAAUCCCUUUUGCCGAUUUAAGGCAGUAGGUUAUAGUUGUAUGCCCAAUAAUAAAGAUGAAGAUGGGCUAGUGGUUUUAGUUUUCAACAAAAAAGAAAUAGAUAUUCGAAGCCAGCAACAGCAGUUGGUAGAAUCAUUGCAUAAAGUUUUGGGAGGAAACCAGACCCUUACUGUAAAUGUGGAGGGUAUUAAAACAUUGCCAGAUGAUCAGACAGAAGUUGUCAUUUAUGUUGUUGAGCGUUCUCCAAAUGGUACUUCAAGAAGAGUUCCAGCUACAACACUAUAUGCUCAUUUUGAGCAAGCCAAUAUAAAAACACAAUUGCAGCAACUUGGUGUAACCCUCUCUAUGACUAGAACAGAACUUUCUCCUGCACAGAUCAAACAGCUUUUACAGAAUCCUCCAGCUGGUGUUGAUCCUAUUAUCUGGGAACAAGCCAAGGUGGAUAACCCUGAUUCUGAAAAGUUAAUUCCUGUACCGAUGGUUGGUUUCAAAGAACUUCUCCGAAGAUUGAAGGUUCAAGAUCAGAUGACUAAGCAGCAUCAGACCAGGUUAGAUAUCAUAUCUGAAGAUAUCAGUGAGCUACAAAAGAAUCAAACUACAACUAUGGCCAAAAUUGCACAAUACAAGAGGAAACUCAUGGAUCUUUCCCAUAGAACAUUACAG